AUGGGAAGUAAUAUUGUAACUCUCAGGCAGUUUGUAACGCAAUACCGAGUGCCGCAGGACGUACAGGAGCUAUUUCAAAUGAACAACAACGGUGUCAAACGUAUUGAUGAAGGCACAUUUGAGAGGAUCAAACGGUCAGCAGUUGAAAAGAGGCGAAUUGAGGAUGAACUAACGGUAAUCCAACCUCAGAUGAAGCGGGCGAGGUUGGAGUAUGACUGGUCUUUGGGAAGCCAAGGUACGACAAUAUCGUCUUUCCGGUACAAUGGGUUAAGGUCAGCUGGAUCAGCUGGACUGCAAACUUCAGCUGGAAGCAUUCUUAACAGCGAGUCAGUGUCUCUGUCUAAAGGUGGAUCGCAUGGAUCUAUUCUUCAAAGCGAGUUAUUUAUUGGGCAGGAUUCGUUGGUUCUUGAGAGUUCUUCUUCAGGUGAGAUUAUUAAUUCAGAUUUAGCGGAAGCGGCGGCUCACAGCAGUCCGUUACCUGAGAUGUUAUAUUCUAGUGGCUAA